ACGUUCGCACACAUACGUAUGUAAAUGCAUACAUAAAUAUUAGUAUAAAAUCGUAGUUGAAUACUUGCUUUUUAUACUCGUUUCUACUCAAAACAACUACUCAGCAGUUUUGCUCUCACGCUAGUUUGUUGUUCUCCGGCUUUUGCGCUAUCAACACGUGGACGCUCGCUAUAAACAAAUUAAACUAAAGUGUUUGAUUAAGAUCGCGUAUAUAUUUUUCAAACAACAAUUCGAACGUUUCGGAAAGUUGGCCGAAGAAAAACUAAACUAAAAUGUCUCAUCGCGUACUCGUUAUUGGUGGUGGCGGACGGGAGCACGCCAUCUGCUGGAAGUUAGCCCAAUCGACCCAAAUAGCGCAUAUCUAUGCUCUGCCCGGAAGCGUUGGCAUUGCAAAGAUCGAGAAAUGCGAGAGCCUUGGAUCAUCGCUCGAUGAAAAGGAUUUUGAGGCCGUGGCUCAGUGGAGCAAAGCUCAAAACCUUUCUUUCGUUGUUGUUGGACCCGAAGAUCCCCUAGCUCUGGGGUUGGGUGAUGUUUUACAAAAGGCAGGAGUUCCUUGCUUUGGUCCCGGACAGGAAGGCGCACAAAUUGAAGCGGAUAAGAAAUGGGCCAAAGACUUUAUGCUUCGGCAUGGUAUUCCCACGGCACGUUACGAAAGUUUCACGAACACCAUUUUGGCUAAGGAGUUCAUUAAAAGUGCUCCUUAUAAGGCCCUUGUAGUGAAAGCCGCUGGCUUGGCUGCUGGCAAGGGCGUCGUCGUAGCUAAUAAUGGGGAUGAAGCUUGCCAAGCAGUUGACGAAAUUCUUGGACAACUGAAGUACGGUAAAGCUGGCGCCACGCUUGUCGUUGAGGAGUUACUCGAGGGCGAAGAGAUAUCCGUGCUGGCCUUUACUGAUGGUAAUACUGUGAAAGUGAUGCUUCCUGCCCAAGAUCAUAAGCGAUUGGCCGAUGCUGAUAAAGGUCCAAAUACAGGCGGCAUGGGGGCUUACUGUCCGUGUCCACUGAUUACAGAAGAAGUAUUAAAAGUGGUAGAGCGGGAGGUAUUAGAACGAGCGGUGGAUGGUCUUAAAGCAGAAGGAAUCACUUACCAAGGCGUGCUUUAUGCGGGCUUAAUGUUGACGGAAGAUGGUCCCAAAGUCUUGGAGUUCAAUUGCCGUUUUGGAGAUCCAGAAACACAAGUUAUACUGCCGCUGCUGCAAACAGAUUUAUUUCAAAUCAUGACAGCUUGCUGCAAAGGAACGUUGAAUGAUAUUUCUCUGCUGUGGCGCCACGGGACAUCCGCUGUGGGUGUUGUUUUAGCAAGUGCUGGCUAUCCAGAAACGUCAACGAAGGGCUGCCUUAUCACGGGUCUGCCACUUGAAAACACGGACACUCAACUUGUUUUUCACAGCGGCAUCUCAGUAAAUGCUGCGGGUGAUGCACUCACCAAUGGCGGACGCGUUCUCAUAGUGGUGGCCCUGGACGAUAGUCUUCAGACUGCUGCAGCGAAAGCCACAAAAUUAGCAGCGGGAAUUAUCUUCGCCGGUGUAGGCGCACAGUAUCGCACAGACAUAGCGCAUAAGGCCUUCAAGCUUUCCACUUCGAUGAGCUAUCGAGAUAGCGGUGUCGACAUCGAUGCUGGUGACGCUCUUGUGCAAAGAAUUAAGCCGCUUUCGCGUGGCACACAUCGGCCUGGAAUAAUAGGAGGUCUAGGUGGUUUCGGCGGACUUUUUCGCAUCAAGGAUGUGGAUGUGAAAAGCGAGCCUGUUAUUUGUGAGGUCGUGCAUGGUGUGGACGCCAAAAUUAAGCUGGCCCUUGCUUACGAUCAGUAUGAAAAUAUUGGCUACGAUCUAUUCGCAAUGUGCGCUAAUGACGUCCUGGAGAUGGGUGCCGAGCCGGUGGCUUUUCUAGACUAUAUUGCAUGCGGAAAGCUGCAGGUGCCAUUGGCAGCGCAAUUUGUCAAGGGAAUUGCCGAUGGUUGUCGCGAUGCGCGCUGCGCUCUAUUAGGCGGUGAGACUGCAGAGAUGCCUGCACUCUAUGCCUAUGGUCAGUACGACCUGGCCGGCUAUUGUGUGGGUAUCGUAGGCCAGUCGCAAAUCCUACCUCGUUUCGAUUUAUACGAGGAGGGUGAUCUGCUUGUUGGCUUGCCCUCCUCCGGCCUACACUGUUCCGGCUUCAACGCCUUGCUUAGCAAGUUAAGUGGAAGUGACAUUAAACUGAAUUCUCCCUCCCCCUGUGGAGAUCGUGGCUUGACAUUAGCCCAAGUUUUGGGUAUGCCCACAAAACUAUAUGUCCAGGAGGUGUUACCACUGCUGAAGAAUGGGCAUGUAAAGGGUUUGGUUCACAUUGCACAUGGACUUAUUCACGACGUUGGGCGCCUACUACCCCAAGAUUUUGGCUCUGUCUUGGAUUUUGGGGCUGUGCCAGUGCCUGAGGUGUUUGGCUGGUUGGCCGCUCAGCUAAAGCUCAGCGCCAAUGCAUUACUGGAGCAGCAUAACUGCGGUAUAGGAAUGGUGCUGGUUCUACCUAAGGACAGUCAUGUGUGGCGGAGCCAACUGACCGGUUCAAAGGUGCUGGGCGUGCUGAAGCGACGCGAUACAGAUGGCGGUGCGCAAUUACUGAUACGGAAUUUUGAGGAACAACUGGUUCAGGUUGCAAAGCUCUACGGCGGCUUGGGCAAUAAUAAUUUGCCCACAGAAGUAAUGAGUAUACCAUCCACUAAACUCAAUCAAUUUAUUCGCACUGAGUGCUUUGAGAAUGCGUCGGGCCGACGGUUGACUCGAGUUCCCCCACGUUUCAAUGACCCGGUCCUUGUUUUGGGCACCGAUGGAGUUGGCACCAAGCUUAAAAUAGCUCAGCAGAUGGGCCGCAACAGCACUGUAGGCGUCGAUCUGGUGGCCAUGUGUGUUAAUGAUAUUCUAUGCAAUGGUGCCGAACCCAUCAGCUUCUCCAGCUACUAUGCCUGCGGUCAAUGGCAGGACCAACUAGCACUGCAAGUGGCAGAGGGCGUAGCAGAAGGUACUCGACAGGCCAGAAGCAGUUUAAUAGCCACCCACAAUGCAUCCGUGCCCCUACUAUACGCUCCGCAGGUCUACGAUCUCGCCGGCUUCGCUUUAGGUAUUGCAGAGCGGCAAAUCAUCCUGCCCCUUCUAGAGAAGAUUGCUCCUGGCGACGUGCUCAUUGGACUGCCGUCUACUGGUGUGCACAGUAAUGGCUUCAGUCUGGUACAUGCUGUACUGAAACGUGCUGGACUGGGCUUCGAGGACAAGUCACCUUUUAGUGAUCGCACCAUCGGGGAGGAGCUGUUGGUUCCUACUAAAAUCUACUUAGAGGCGAUAUCACCUUUACUAUCCAGACAGGAGCACGGCAUUAAGGCGUUGGCGCACAUAACAGGCGGCGGCUUAACGGAGAAUAUUCCGCGCGUGCUGCGGCCCGAACUUGCUGUUCGCCUGGAUGCCCUCAAGUUCCACAUACCUUCGGUCUUUGGUUGGUUGGCAGCGGCUGGGAAUAUUGCUAGCUCCGAGCUACAACGCACUUAUAACUGUGGCCUUGGCCUAAUCCUUGUGGUGGAACCAGCGGCUGCAAAGUCGGUCCUGGACAAACUUCGCUACACAGAACGCGCCACUAUUGUGGGCGAGGUUGUGGCUCGUAAAGCCACUCACGCUCCCCAGGUGCUUGUGGAAAACUUUGAGGAGUCGCUUGCGCGCACACAGUCUUCGUUGGGGCUGCCGCCCAAGCGUGUUGCAGUACUCAUCUCUGGCUCGGGCAGCAACCUACAGGCGCUUAUCGAUGCAACGCGAGAUAGCGCACAAGGCAUGCAUGCCAAUAUUGUGCUUGUCAUAUCAAAUAAGCCAGAUGUCUUGGGUUUGGAGAGGGCUUUUCGUGCUAGUAUCCCUUCACUUGUCAUUUCCCAUCGCAACUUUGAAUCGCGCGAGGCCUACGAUGCGGAACUUUCACGUCAUCUGCGUGCAGCCCGGGUAGAUCUAGUGUGCCUGGCAGGUUUUAUGAGAGUUCUCAGUGCGCCUUUUGUACGCGAAUGGCGUGGACGCCUCAUCAACAUACAUCCAUCGUUAUUGCCAAAAUAUCCAGGUCUGCAUGUGCAACGCCGCGCUUUGGAGGCGGGGGAGCGUGAAUCGGGCUGCACAGUUCACUUUGUAGACGAGGGCGUAGACACGGGAGCCAUUAUUGUGCAGGCUGAGGUGCCCAUUUUGGAUGGAGAUGACGUCGACGCAUUAUCACAGCGCAUUCACACUGCAGAGCAUUGGGCCUAUCCGCAGGCUCUGAGGUUGCUUACCAACGGCCAGGUUUCGUUGAGCUCGGCUGGAAAGCAAGUAAUAUAAUCGGAUAACCAGCAAGUAAUAUAAUAUGUAAUAUACCGUAGAAUAAGUUGUUUCUUUUAAUAAUAAACUCUGACCAGCUGUUCUGUAUACAUUUUUACAAA